CCAACUUGGCCUGGCCUGGCGGAGGGACCAGCUGCUUCCCCAAGAACCACCCUGGACCUUCACAGCGGCUACGCAAUUGAUCGGCCUGCCGCCAACGCCUCACGACGUCAGUUUACCGGAAUAUCGUCGUUGGUUAUUCCGUGUCUGUUAACUGCCUGUGGGGGACUUCAUUGAAGGAGCUCGCUGCCUGUCCUUGGUCGCUUGUCGCGUGCUGCCAUCGACCACAAUACUGGAUGGCAGAGACGGUUGUUUUCUGCGAGUUUUCUGUGUGCUCGCUGGAGCUGCACCAGACAGGAAGAUAAGACCGACCGACGAUUCUCCCACCCCGGGUAACGGGCUUCAUUUGCCAUCAUGUUGGAGGGACUCGUUGCAAACCUGCUCAACCGCUUUCUGGGCAUGUAUGUCAAGAAUUUCGAUGCCAAACAGCUCAACAUCGGCAUCUGGUCGGGUGACGUCAAAUUGCACAAUCUAGAACUACGCCGCGAAGCGCUCGACCAGCUACACCUCCCAUUAAACGUCGUCGAAGGUCACCUAGGUCAGCUGACAUUAUCCAUUCCAUGGUCGAAUCUGCGCGGGAAACCCGUCAAGGUGGACAUCGAGGAUGUGUUUCUGCUGGCAGCUCCCAAGGAGGACGCAGACUAUGACCAGAAGGAAGAGGAGCGACGAGAGCACGCUCUCAAGAUGGAAAAGGUCGAGAGCGCGGAGUUACUGCGCGAGAAGAAUGCCGAAGGUAUGAGCCAGGAGGAGCAACGCAGGAACCAGAGCUUCACCCAGAGCCUGGUGACGGCUGUUGUCGAUAACCUCCAGAUUUCCAUCAAGAAUGUGCAUCUGCGCUAUGAAGACUCCAUCGCCUCUCCGGGGAACCCCUUUGCGGCUGGGCUCACCCUCAAGGAACUGAGUGCCGUCAGUACCGAUCCGGAGUGGAACCCGACGUUCAUUCAGUCCACUUCGGGUACCACCCAUAAGCUGGCCGUGCUGGGCGCUCUUGCGGUCUAUUGGAAUACCGACGCCGACUUGCUCGGAACCGGUCGAGGAUCUGAUGUCGGGGCGGAGGCGCAGGGUAUCGAUCACGAAGAGCUUAUGGAAAAGCUACGCGCCGGAAUCGACAGCGACCUGGGGAACCAGUUCAUCCUUCGCCCCGUCAGCGGUCGGGCAGGCUUGGAGAUUGACAAGACAGGUCAGCAUGAUCGACCGGCGAUCAAAGCCCGGUUGCUCUUCGAUGAAUUGGGCUUCGUCGUGGAUGAAAGCCAAUACCGAGACGCCUUGAUGCUCGUUGACCUCUUCCACUACUUCAUUCGUCACCAAGAAUACAAGAAACUCCAACCCAAAGUGAGACCCAAGGAAGAUCCCCGCGCGUGGUUCAGAUUCGCCGGCCAGGCUGUCCUGAGCAAAAUCCACGACCGGAACCGACGAUGGUCUUGGGAAUAUAUCAAAGAACGCAGAGACGACCGUAUCGCGUAUAUCAAUCUGUUCAAGAAGAAGAAGCGAGAGGAACCGUUGACGGCGGAGGAAGCCAAGGAGCUCGAGCGACUGGAGUGGAAACUGAGUUACGAAGACAUCCGGUUCUGGCGAUCCCUCGCAAGAAACCAACUCCGCAAAGAGCAUGUCGGAGUCCAAAAACCCGCGAGACAGCAAACUUGGUCGGAAUGGAUCUGGGGCGCCAAGAAGGAGCAGGAGGAUGAGUCUACCGCCAUGACAGAGGAGCAACGACAAGAGCUGUACAAUGCCAUUGACUGGGAUGAGAAAAAAGUCAUCGAGGAAAGCGUUGAUGUUCCCAGGGAAUGGGUCAAACUCCAGGUCAAUGCAGGUCUCCGUGCUGGAAGCUUCACGUUGAAACGGGAUCCGCAUGGCAAGGGGAUUGAGAUCAUGAAGCUUGUUUUCGAUAACUUCCAGGCCAAGGCCCUGCAGCGGCCCGAUUCGUUCUUUCUCGACCUGGAUCUGGGAGGGCUGCGGGUGUACGAUGGUACAACGGAGGGAAGCUUGUUCCCUCAGAUUGUCAAGGUUAAAGAUUCUCUGCCAGAACCCAAAGAUCGCGAGGCCCAGGACCCAGAGAAGACCGAGUUGAGUUCAAACACGAGCACCUAUGAAGACGAAGAUAGCCUGUUCCAUCUUCAGUUGGAAACCAACCCUCUCGACAGUGACGCAGAUACAGCCAUCAAGGUCAAAUUAAAAAGUAUCGAAAUAAUCUAUAACCCCAAAUUCAUCGUGGAGAUUGUCCGCUUUUUCGAACCGCCCGAGCGACACCUGGAGUCUAUCGGGGCUCUUCUCGACACCGCGGGAGCUACCGUAGAGGAAAUCCGCCAGCAGACUCGAGCGGGUCUAGAAUUUGCCCUGGAAGAACACAAAAAAGUGGAUGCUCAGUUCGAUAUUCGUGCGCCGCUAUUCAUUGUUCCGGAGAGCAUUACGCAAGAGAGCUCCCUGUGCUUGAUUUUGGAUGCUGGCCAUGUCAGCGUCAAUAGCGAGCUGGUUGAUAGGAAGACUAUGAAGGAGAUCCAGUCCAAGCAGAAGCGUCAAUAUAACGAGGAUGACUACAAGCAACUGGAGCACCUCAUGUACGACCGAUUUAUUCUGAAACUUGAUUCAACCCAAGUCCUCAUCGGCCCAGGAAUCGAAGCGGCGAAGGCUCAGUUGAAUACAGACGACCCUUCCAAGGAUAUGCAUAUUGUUGAUCGCAUCAACAUCGACUUCGUGGUGGAGUUGUGUAUUGUAUCCAAAUCUACAGACUUGACCAAGACUCGAAUCUCCGGCCAUCUGCCGGAGUUGCAUGCCUCUAUCUCUGAUACCAAGUAUAAAGGUCUGAUGAAGCUGAUUGACAUCGCUAUCCCGCAAUUUGAUGGCGAGAAAACCGCAUCAGAUACAAAAGCUCGAUCGAUAGGCGAUGGUACCUCAGGCGAGAUUGCCACGACUGGAAAUAGGGCAAGAUCGGCAUCAUUCCAACCAUCCAUACAACGAGAGCUUCCUGUUGUGGAUGAAGAUUCAGACGUCGAAUCGAUUAACGACCGGUCAAAGAAUAACAACAACAAAAACAACAACAACAAAGACGUUGUCACCAACCUUCAUAGACGUGAUUUCGAAUUCAAAUUCACCGUCGGUCGUCUCCGUGGCUCGUUAUUCCGCUCUGAUCCAAGUGACCAGCGACCCGACCAGUUGUUGGUGGAAUUGGUUGCAGAAGGGUUUCAGCUGGAUUUCUACAUGCGCCCAUAUGAUAUGGUUGCAGAGGUCGUCCUUCAAUCGCUAAGUGUUGACGAUUAUAUCGAGGACAAUCCCCUUCCAGAAUUCAAAAGAAUCAUCUCUUCCAAAGGCUUUGAUGCCGACGAGGACAAGGACCUGUUCCACUUAAAAUUCGUCCGAGUGAAACCCGAAUCACCCGAGUUUGAGUCGACGUACGAAGGUGUGGCGAUGAACCUCGAGGUCUCUGUUUCUACCAUCAAUCUCGUUGUCACUAGACGAACCCUCCUGACCCUCCUGGACUUUGUUCUUCUGACAUUCACAAAUCCAGAGCAGCCGAGCAACCAAGCCGGCGUGUCUAACAGAAGCAUUCAGGGCGAUUCGGAUGAAGUUCAACAACCCCAGCAAGCCGGUAAAAUACGCAUCAAGUCGAACUUGAAGAGUAUCGCUCUCAUCUUGAACAAUGAUGGUGUUCGCCUGGGCACUUUGAGCUUGAAUACUGCCGAUGUUGGGAUCUUCCUCGUCGGACGCACGAUGCUGAUUCAGUCUCGCAUUGGAAGCUUGACUUUGAUUGAUGAUGUGAACUUGGGAGCUUCUGAAACCUCUGAUUUCCGCAGGCUCCUGACCAUUGAAGGAGACAACUUUGCUGAUUUCAAAUACGAGACAUUUGACCCGGAAAGCGAUAGCUAUCCUGGAUACGACUCGGAGGUCUUUUUGCGGUCUGGUUCUAUCAAGAUCAACUUUCUCGAGGAGCCGUAUCGCAAGAUUCUCAAUUUCCUGGUCAAGUUUGGCAAGAUGCAGGCCAUUUUUAAUGCCGCUCGUCAAGCGGCUGCCAACCAAGCGAACCAGCUGCAAGAGAACGCAUCUCGAAUGCGCUUCGACAUCGUGGUCAAGACCCCGAUCGUAGUGUUCCCCAAGGUCGGACAAGAUGACCGUCCUCGGGACACCAUCACCGCCCAUCUUGGAGAGAUCUACGCACAGAACACCUUUGUUCCUUUGGAGGAGGAUGUCAAGGAUAGCCCGGCUGUCAAUCUCAUCUCGACCGGUAUCAGGAAUAUUCGGCUGACUUCAAACUUCCAUUACGAAGGAGGAGCAAGCGAAGAGUUGGACAUGAUUCAGAAAGUGAAUCUUGACUUUAGUGUCUGCUACCUGGAACAUCAAACAAACAACCCGCGACCGGAUAUGGAGAUUGAAAGCUCGGUGUCUCCGAUAAACCUACGGAUUUCGCAGAAUCAAUUGAAAUUCCUACUAGAGUUGUCCAAGACAGUCCCGAGUGCUUUUGAAACCGACAGCGAACAGCAGCAACUCGAAGCCGAAGAGUCUCUGGAGUCCACUACAACCACAGAGCCAGGAAGUGAAAGCGCCGCCCAGAAAGACAGGGCCACCAAGAACGAUCAAAGUGCCGUCUCUUUUCAAGAUGACGCGAACCAGCAGACAUGGGUACGACUCGAUAUGGUCUUCAAAGCAGAAAGCGUUGGCCUCGAGCUGAUCCUCGCCAACGAACGGGAGCCAGUCGGCCGCCUGGAAGAUUCCAGUCUUGCAAAGUUCUCUCUGAAUGACACCAAAGUCACAUUGCGCAUGCUGACGGACGGUUCGCUGGAGUCGGAGCUGCUGAUCCAUUCUCUGACGAUCCGGGACAGUCGCACAAACGACACGAGCAAGUUCAAGAAGAUCAUGUCAUUGAUCAAUAAUGAUGUCCAGCAACAAUUUAUGGCCAGCCUCUCGAUCUCACCCGGUCCUGAGAAACAUGUGGUUGCCAUGUUAACUAUAGAUAGUCCGCGGAUCAUCUUUGCCUUGGACUACCUCUCGGCGCUGCAGUCUUUCGCAAGCACGGCGUUUGCCGUUGAUAGGCCGGUGGAGAUCGAAGAGAUUGAAGAAAUACCCGAGGAGUCAGAAUCAAGCUCUCAUACCGGUGCCGGCUCGGAUAAAUCCCAGUCUCAGACAUCUGAUGGCAACGCAUCGGCUCCGAGUGGGCAGAUGACGAUGUCUUUCCGGGUGAACCUGGUCGAUGCCCAAGUCAUCAUGGUUGCGAAUCCUAGCAUCUCGCACAGUGAAGCGAUUGUGCUGGGGACCAAGCAGCUCCUGCUUUCGUACCAGAAUGUCGCCUUCCUACAGGUGACCAAGGUCGGCAUGUUCCUCUGUCGGAUGGAUAAGUUUGAGACAAGUCGACUUCGAAUCUUAGACGACUUCACGAUUGAAGUGUCGAUAGAUAGUCGCCCGCAAGACAGAAGCUCGUCACUGACUUCAAUCGAUGUGCAUGUUGACCCUCUCGUUCUUCGACUUUCUCUCCGCGAUAUUUUGAUGGCUAUUCAGAUCGUCAACAAGGCUUCGGAAAUGAGGAACGGCCAGCCCCAAGAGGUUGAAGCCGCGGGGGUUAAGAGGAUUCACGAUGGCAAAGGGACCAGCGCAAGGUCCUCCGCUCGCAGAUCGGUGGCCAAGGCAUCCGCGACUUCGCGGACGCAGAGACGCCAAAGCCAAACGAGCGACACAGCAAACCAGAAACUAGCUUUGCCCAGCUCUGCUGUUCUCAAGCGGGAGCAGCUCUCCGCCCAAGUCGAUGGAGUCCGGGUGAUUCUCAUUGGAGACCUGCAUGAUCUACCACUCCUGGAUUGGAGCGUGAAGAAGUUCAAGGUCGAUGUGCGGGACUGGUCUACAGCGCUGAGCGCCGAUACUAGCUUUGAUACGUUCUUCAAUGUCUACAACUUCUCGAAAUCUGCCUGGGAGCCACUGAUUGAACCUUGGCAAAUGGGAUUCCACAUGGCCAAGGAGGUCAACCCUGAAGUCUUGUCAAUCGAUAUCUUCUCUCAUAAGACCAUGGAGCUUACGGUGACCUCGGCCACGAUUGCUCUCGCAUCCAAAUCAUUCCAGUUCCUCUCCACGGAUGAAGAUGUUCUUUCCAAGCCUCGAGGGGCCGAUGCACCGUACCGAAUCUGUAACUACACCGGGUUCGACCUUCGGGUUUGGGCCGAUGUAGACUCAGGGGACGAGGGCCCAGCGGCCAAGCUGAGCGAUGGGGAAGAAUACCCGUGGCGGUUUGAGGAUUCGACCACUAUGCGUGAGAAGCUUGCUCCCGAGGGCCAGGCUGGUCUUGUCGGGAUCAAGCUCGAAGGUAGUGGAUUUGAGAGCAUCAAUCGGAUCCCCGUGGUUCGGGAAGGCGAACUCAUCUACAACCUCAAACCUAAGAAGGAUGGUGUACUUCACCGACUCCUUGUCGAGGUCAAGCUCGGCACAGACAAUGUGAAGUACAUCGUCUUCCGCUCUCCGCUCCUGGUCGAAAACAACACGCAAAUCCCAGUGGAGCUGGGUAUCUUCAGCCCGAGAGAUGGUCAUCUUCUCAAGAUCGAGAAGAUCCUCCCUGGCGACUCCCGACCUGCGCCUGUCGGCUCAGCCUACCUGCAUUCCAUUGUCAUCCGGCCUGACCAGGGUUUCGGAUAUGAUUGGUCAAAUGAGCAGCUUUCCUGGAAAGACCUCUUGCGUCGACCGACCCGGACUAUCAGGUGUAUGAGUGAGAGUGGACAGCAGGCUCCCCCGUUCUACUUCCAGAUGAAUGCUACUUUCAACGCCAACGACCCACUUACCAAGGUCUACCCAAAUAUGAGAAUUCGCAUCUAUGCUCCUGUCGAGAUUCAGAACCUCCUUCCCUACGACUUCAAGUACCGGAUCUACGACAAGAACACGAAAAAGGACUGGACAAAUUUCCUGCGCAAGGGCGGCGUCAGCCCCGUCCAUGUGGUGGAGUUAUCUCACCUCCUACUGCUCAGCAUUGACCUGCAGGACACGGUAUUCAAACAAAGCGACUUUUCAAUCAUCAACGGAAACGGACAGGAUUUCCGUAGGGAGCAUGUCCUGUCCCUCUGCGACGAACGAGGGAUCCAGCUGAAACUUAAACUUCAUUACUUCAACGUGCCUGAUAGCGGCGGGGCCUUUAAGGUUUCUGUCUCCAGCCCGUAUCUCGUUCUCAACCAAACGGGACUUGACAUGGAGAUCCAGAGUAAGGGCUUUCUCCAGUCGGCUAGGUCUGCAGCCGGUAAAGGACUGAGAGCGGACUCCCAGCGCGGCGGACGGACCCUUCCUUAUAUGUACUCCUACCCAUCCGAAGACCAGAAGAACCGGUCGAUCUUGAAGAUUACCGAUUCCGGCUGGAGCAAGCCGCAGUCCUUUGAGGCGAUCGGGAGCACCUUCGAGGUUGUCCUACCGAGCAGCUCUGCACGGUCCGAAUUCCAUGCCGGUGUUUCUGUUGCCGAAGGGGAGGGCAAAUACAAAUUGACAAAGAUCGUGACCAUUACUCCCCGUUUCGUCUUGAAGAGCAAAUUGAGCGAAGAUCUCCAGGUCCGCGAGCCCGGAUCGUCUACUAUUCUAGACAUCAAGAGCGGUGACCUUGUGCCUCUCUAUUUCUUGCGACAGGUCCCCGAGAAGCAACUUUGUUUGUGCUUUCCCGGCGUGAACAAUCAGUGGUCCUCGCCUUUCAACAUUGCAGAUGUCGGGGCUGUGCAUGUGAAGUUGGCCAAGGAACAGCAACACCAGCGGCUGAUCAAAGUUGAAAUCAUUAUGGAGGCGGCAACGCUCUUCCUCCAUCUCAGUUUCGAGACGCGGAAUUGGCCGUUCACCAUGCGGAAUGAGAGUGAUGCGGAGUUCUACUUUUUCCAAGCCAAUCCCAACGUCGAAGAGGACGAGGAAGAUCGAACAAGUGGCUGGCGACCAAUUCGAUAUCGCCUGCCGCCUCGCAGCAUCAUGCCCUAUGCCUGGGAUUACCCGGCCACGAAGAAUAAAUCCUUGGUCUUGACCUGCAACGGCAAGGAACGCCAUAUCAAACUGGCCGAGAUCGGAAACCUCAUCCCCAUGAGGAUACCGCCCACAUCCCCCGGUGAGUCGCAGAAGAUCAUUGACAUUAAUAUCGUUGCGGACGGGCCUACGCAGAUGUUGGUGCUCUCGAACUUCAAGGCCUCGAAGAGCAUCUACAAGCAGCAGAAAGCACACACGUCGCAGGCCAGCGUGAAUACCGGGUUUGAGGUCAAGGAUCUCAACUCGGAUGUCACGUUCAAGGCACAGCUUCGCCUCGGGGGUAUCGGCAUUUCCCUAGUCAACCAGAAGAUGAAAGAGUUACUGUACCUCACAUUCCGCGAAAUCGAAGUCAAGUUCCGCGAAUCGCAGAUCUACCAAACGCUGGGCACUACGAUCAAAUGGAUCCAGAUCGACAACCAACUCUAUGGUGGCAUCUUCCCUAUUCUGCUGUACCCGAGUGUCGUUCCCAAGACGGGCAAGGAGAUGGAGGCCCAUCCCAUCUUCCACGCCAUGGCCACGCGGGUCAAGGACGACUCGUAUGGCGUGCUGUACAUCAAAUACGCAACUGUGCUCGUGCAGCAGAUGACUCUCGAACUGGACGAGGACUUUAUUUUUGCGAUGCUCGAGUUUGCCAAGGUGCCCGGCGCUUCCUGGUCGGAGGAACAAGAGGAAGGCCAGCUGUGCGACGAGGAUCUGAACAUCCCGGAACCGCAGCAGCAGGAUCCCGGGCAAGACGUGUACUUUGAGCUCCUGCAUCUGCAGCCCAUGCAGCUGGAUAUCUCCUUUAUGCGAACAGAACGUGUCAACGCGGAAGACAAGAUGCGGCCGUCGAACCCGCUGAUGUUCUUCAUCAAUGUGAUGACGAUGUCGAUGGGCAAUGUGAACGACGCUCCGAUCCGGCUCAACGCGCUGAUGUUGGAAAACGCGCGUGUCUCGAUGGGGGUGCUGGUCGGGAACAUCCGCAACCAUUACACGCAGGAAUUCCUCCGUCAGAUCCAUGUCGUGCUGGGAUCUGCCGAUUUCUUGGGCAACCCGGUCGGUCUGUUCAACACGGUCAGCUCUGGAAUCACGGAUAUCUUCUACGAGCCGUAUCAGGGGCUGGUGAUGACGGACCGACCGCAGGAGCUGGGCGUCGGCAUCGCCAAGGGGGCGACCAGCUUUGUGAAGAAGUCCGUGUUUGGCUUGUCGGACAGCAUCACCAAGUUCACGGGCAGUGUGUCCAAGGGGCUUGCGCUGGUGACGAUGGACAAGGAGUUCCAAGACAAGCGACGGAUGUCGCGGUCACGCAACCGGCCGAAACACGCGCUCUACGGCAUCACGGCGGGCGGGAGUGCCUUCUACAACAGCGUUGCCAGCGGAAUCGGCGGCCUGGCGCGGCAUCCGCUCCAGGGGGCCGAAAAGGACGGGCUGCAGGGCUUCUUCAAGGGGGCGGUUAAGGGGGUGGUCGGGCUGGCGACGAAGCCGGCCAUCGGGGCGUUCGACCUGGCGUCCAACGUGGCGGAGGGACUGCGGAACACGACGACGGUGUUUGAUGCCGAGGGGUUGGACCGGGUGCGUCUGACACGCUUCAUCGGGACGGAUGGGAUCGUGCGCCCGUAUUCGCAGCGCGAGGCGCUGGGCCAGUUCUGGCUCAAGACGACGGAUGACGGCCGGUUCUUCGACGAAGACUACAUUGCGCACCUGGAGCUGCCGGGGCGGGACCUGUUGGUGAUGCUGACGUACGACCGGAUCAUGCUGGUGCGGUCCAAGAAGCUGGAGAGCGAGUGGGACAUCAAGCUGUCGGACAUCCAGACCAUCUCCAAAGAGCGCACGGGCAUGAGCAUCACGCUCAAGGGUGGCACCAACGGGCCGUUUGUCCCCGUGCAGGACGAGAGCGCGCGGAAUUGGCUCUACAAGCAGAUUGCCAUUGCUGUGAACGCCUUCAACGAGCGGUACAACGUGCGAGGCUAAUUGGACAUGAUGUCACGUAAUUCCAUGAAGCAUUUACCGGUGUUAUGUAUAUAGUAGUAUGACUACUCUAAUCUAUAAGGAGUAUCUACACAGUAUACUCAGUAUUAUCGCUGGAUCGCUUAAAAAUCCCAGGAAGGGCAGGCGGUCUACGUACGCAGAGAUGGAGAAGAUUCGCAAUCCGUGAGGGUGAAUAGCUAGCAGCUCAACAGUUUAGCUCUCCAUCGCUACCGAAGAGAUUGAUUCUGCAUAGUACCAAAUAGGAAGGUCUAUAUAUGUGGUGGUGAUUGAGUAAUACCUUGUAUUAGUAGGUACCUUAGGUACCUACUAGGUAGUUACUAACUAGGUAGUAGGUACCUAGGUAGGUAGUCAAGUGACUAUAGGUGCUGCCAAGACUAGAGGAGUAAUCAUACCAUUGCCAAG